AUGGCGCCCGCUAGAUUAUCUAAUUCGCUGUUCGGAACGUUCCGAGCUGCCUCACAUCGUCCAUUAGCAGCUGUUUGCAGACAGAGAUGCUCAUACCACUCGUACGAUUACGCUGAAGUGCCGCCCUUCUCCAAAGCCGAGUCUGCGAUUCUGUCCUCGGCAUACGCACAUGUACCGGGCUACGGGUUCACGAUAGACUCUCUGAAACUGGGAGCUCGCGAUGCCGGUUACCUCGAUGUGUCUACCAACUUGUUCCCCCGAGGAGUUUUUGACCUGAUCAACUAUCAUCUCGUGACCCAGCGAUUGGCAUUGAAGGACAAUGUGCAGGUCCCAGACAAUGGCGAGAAGAAGUUGGGCGUGGGAUCAAAAGCACUCGCGAUCAUGGCUCAACCAUCAUACGUCCCCGCCUCGAUAUCUGAACUCGCAAAACUAGCCGACGAGAUAUGGUUCCUCGCCGGUGACCAGAGCGUCGACAGCAGCUGGUACACCAAGCGCGCGAGCUUGUCAACGAUUUACUCUGCUACCGAGGUGUACAUGACGCAAGACAAGUCGCCAAACUUCACUGAGACUGAGCAAUUUCUGGAUAACAGGCUGGCAGAUCUCAUGAAGGUCGGUGGCUUUAUGGGAGCUCUGGGAGAAUGGGUCAACUACACGGGACAUUCGACGGUCAACGUGCUGAGGAGUAAAGGAUUUGAGUUUGACACUUCAUCGGGCGCUAGGAAAUACGCGCUUGUGGAUACCAACAGCAGCGUCUUUGCGAUGCGCGCUGCAUUUUUCUGCUUCAGUUCGACCAAAAACAGUUUCAUGGUGUCAUUCGGUUACAAGUUCCUGACGAUCGCUUGCAAGAGGCUCAAAGGUGUCUCGGGUACCUGA